CCAACAUGGAGCGUCCUACUCUAGAAGAUGCUAACAGCGAAAAUCUCUUCAAACGUGCCUACGAUUCCUACUUUGCGAAAGAUUACAUCAAGGCGUUGGAGAUAAUUGAAGAUUUGCGUUUCGUCCAAGGGAACGACAGGGUGUGUGUUAAUGCACUACAAGGUCAAAUCUUUAAGGAGCUAGCGAAAAAAACAGAGAACACUGAUGUGAAAGUUGCUUACUUGUUGGGUUCUGUACAAUGCGUUUCCAUAGCUCCUGCUUUGUCAUCGAUGGCGGCUAUUUCACUCUUCACUUUGGCACAACAGAUUCAGUCAGUGGUGUAUUACAAGAAAUCUGUGCGCAAAGCAAAAGAAACUUUGUAUCAUCUUUCAGUGAAUGUGCAGGAUCCAGAAUUCACCAAGAAAGAACAGAAAGCAAUGGUGUCUGUGAUCAAGAUUGCAGAGUCGAGAAUUGCUGAAUCCAAGACACGACUUGUUGUAAAAAACUGUGAACAAAAAGAAGAUGUGGAUACAAGGAAGAGUGAGCCUGAUUUCAUUAAAGGAUUGAUGUUGUAUUGGGCUGGUUUGAAUGUUGAGAUCAAACGGAACUUUAUGAAAGUAAGCACUGCGGAACUUACGAGUUAUGUUGAGGGGUUAUAUGGUAGUGAAGGACGAGAUGCGUUGGAGCAAGUUCUCACUUUUGCAAGGGAAGAGGGGAAAUGGAGAUUCUGGAUGUGUCGGUCUUGUUCGAACAAGUUCACUAGCGCUGAAGAGUGUAAGAAUCAUCUUGAUCAAGAACAUUGUGCAAAGUUUAUACCUAAUGAGACAAAGCAUAUGCCUCAAAGGAUAAGUAAAGUCUGGUCUCGUAAGAUAUCCAUUGGAGGUUGGGAACCAGUGGAUGCAGCAGCUGCCAUUGAACUGAUUAAGAAUCGAUUGGAAGAUGUGAAAGAGUUUGCAUAUGAGAAUGGAUGGUCCAAAGACUGGCCUUUAGCUGCUGAUGAAAAGCGCAGUAAGUUACUCAAGGAAAUCCAGUUGCUCCUUGUGUUGUUUUGGGACUGUAAGAUUUUCACUUGUAGCAUUCGAGACUGGGUGAUGGGUUUGACGGUUAAGCAUUUUGAAAAAUUUGAAGUUUCCAAGCAUACUCUUACUGAUUGUCACCUAGUGGAAACACCUCAGAUUAUCUGUUUUUGUGAAUGUGAUGAACUCAAUCAAAUCCUGGAAUUUCUAAAAAAGAUCAAGUGUGAAAGGGAUGAUGGUACAGAUCUCGUUUGCAGAGUAGUGGAGAGUUUCUACUGUGCUACACAAGUUAAAGAAAAGCUCGACUUUGACCCUCAGUUUUCAGUUCUUCUCCUUGAUAAGAGGCUGCUGCAAUGCAAAAUUUCUCGAUUCGAUGAUGAAGGGACAAUCAGUGUCUUUGAUCCCAAUGUUCACUAUGCCAAUGCGCAUGCCCAGGGAGGUUAUAUCUUAUCCUGGUUAGUCGACAACUCUUCAGAAGAUAAGAUUUUUCGAUUUCCCACGCCUAUCAGGAUGCAUAAUCUUGAUAUUUGGGUCGCUGUUCUGAAAGCCGUUUGGUUGACAUGUAUGACUUUGGCAACUAAAUAUGCAAAGAAGUGGAAGCUCCUAGAUUAUGAUGCAGCUCUUACUGCCGCCAAAAAUUUGUGUAUUUGCGAAGAUGUAAAGAGGAGGAAUCUACAGAAAGAUCAAUGGACCAGUUAUGCAUCUCUUCUAUGCGAUACAUGUGAAGAGCAUUUAAGGAGAGACGCUGGAAAAUCCCUGAAUGCGAAAUUAUUCUUGUGUGUAGUACAAGAUGUUUUCAAAGGAGCAUCAUUUCCGACAUUUAAUUUUCUCAAUUGCAUCAAUGUUAUACGUGAGCAUAAAGAUCUUAGUGAUGAUAUUGUGAUCAAGUCCAUAGACCUUCUGAAAUUAGUGGUCACCAAAAAGGUUGUUCUAAUAGAUUCAAGAUUUUUACUGGUUGAACGUUCAAGGAUUAAUUUGCUGAACAGCCUCACCAGACUUUCUGUUUUUGACUAUCGCUCCUACAUUCUUCGACCAAUGAAAGAACUCAUCCUGGAUGGCAUUGUAUAUAUGGAAAACAAAGCAAAGUUAGCUGUAGUAGAAGCAGAUCUUAUAUCCGAGGAAAAACAAGAGGAGGGAAUGACAUUACCAUCAAAGAAGAAGAAAAAUAAAAACAACAAGAAAAAUUCAACGAGCAUGUCUAGUCAUCUUGAUAAGACUGUUCAACACGAACAUUCUGCCAACCUUGAACUGGAUAGUACAUCUCCAUCGCUAAAACCGGUGGAAGAAGAUACUUUAACAAGUGAAAGUGGUCUAUUGGAAAUGAAAUCCAACAUUAACAAUCAAGAGGAAACUACUAAAGCUUUGCAUGGAGAAGAUUCACUGUCGAAACAUCCGGUCUCAGCACAUGAAGAAGCUACAACCAGAUACAAUUCAAUUCUUGACAUGGUGCUUAAGGCCCUCUGUAACCUUAAGGUUCUUAAAGAGGAUUUGGUCCACAAUCGGCAACCAUUUUCUGACAAUCAAGUUCCUUGUGUACUACGAGAUUUCUUUUCUGCUUUUGUCUCGGAGCAGAUAGAAGACGAGGGUUUCUACAGUAACCUCCUAAGCGGUUUACUUGCUUCCUUAGAAGAAGUUCAUUCCAUGUCAAAUGAUGCUGCAGAGGUAGUCAUAGCCAUCCUUGAGUUCUGGCAAUGCUGGAAAAGUCCACAAAGAGAAAGCUUGGUAACUCGUCUUUUUACACUGGAAGAAUAUGAAAGAAUGAAAUGUAGCAAAUGCAGAAAGAUGCCAAAUUAUCCAGAGCAAAGGUCUUAUGGCGUUGUUAUAGCUGCAGAUUCAAUCAGAGACCUGAAGUGUGCUUUUGGGAAUAUAAAGUUUGGAGACAUCAUUAAAGUGAUCCGCAUGGAAGAUAAAAUGUUAUGUGACAUUAAAACAAGAGGCUGUGGAAAAGCAAACUUUGUUCGUCACACUAUAAGUAGCUGCCCGCCUAUCUUCACAAUUGUGUUGAAAUGGGAGAAGAAUGAAACUGAGAAAGAAAUAUCUGGAACGCUGAAGGCUAUGGACUGGGAGAUAGAUAUCAGCAAACUAUACGAAGGCUUAGAACCAAACACUAACUACCGGCUUGUGUCAAUGAUCGGAUGUGGCGAAGAAGGAGAAUACAUUUGCAUGGCUUAUAAAAAGAACCGGUGGAUCAGUCUCAGACAUGAAGCUUUAAUAGAAGAGGUUGUCGGUAUUUGGAAGAGUGUGGUCAGAUUCUGUGGAGAACGGAGGGUUCGGCCAGAGAUUCUAUUUUAUGAAGCUGCUGGACUCGAUCAAUAG